UGGGCUGGCCCCUGCGGCUGGACUGGAAAACAUGGGCGCUACCUGGCGGCACCCUGGCUGGGCGCGGCUCGCGCUCUGCCUCGCGGGCCUCGUGGUGUCUGUCUACGCGCUGCACGUGAAGGCGGCGCGCGCCCGGGACCCGCAUUACCGUGCGCUCUGCGACGUGGGCACCGCCAUCAGCUGUUCGCGCGUCUUCUCCUCCAGGUGGGGGAAGGGCUUUGGGCUGGUGGAGCACGUGCUGGGACCCGACAGUGUCCUCAAUCAGUCCAACAGCUUAUUCGGUUGCAUCUUCUAUACGCUACAGCUCCUGUUAGGCUGCGUCCACGGCCACUGGGCCUCCCGCCUGCUGGUGCUGAGCUCCCUGGUGUCUCUGGCUGGUUCUCUCUACCUGGCCUGGAUCCUCUUCUUCGUCCUCUAUGAUUUCUGCAUCGUUUGCAUCACCUCCUACGCCAUCAAUGUGGGCCUGACUGUGCUCAGCUUCCGUGGGGCCCAGAGAGCCCGGGGCAAGGUCAAGGGGCAGUGAGUUGCUACCAGAAGCCGCCAAGAUGGCCAUGCCUGCAUCCCUAGAGAGCCCUGCAGUGUGACCCCCACCGAACCGCCACACAGGACAAGGGGCCAAAUGUGCCAUCCUCCUGUCCCCACCGAGUGCCUCUAGCCCAUCCUCAAAGACUGCUCUCCAAAGAUCUGCUGCUGCCCUGGGGGGUGGGGGGUGGGAGUGGGGUUCUGAGCAAUAAAAUUUCUUAAACUGA